AUGCCUUUAGUUAGCCAUCCAACUCCUAAUAUGCCUGACGUGUCAGUCUGGCUUAUGAUUCCAAUCGUAGCUUUGGGUAUACUCAUUGGUGUACUCGUCGUUUUACCCAUUCUAGGUGUACUCACUAGACACCGUGCCAACUUCAAUCCGAAAGGUCUUUCACUCGACCCAGAGAGCAAUCCAACUGUCGGUGCAAAGGUCGAUAGCUAUUGGUCUAUGGCCAAGCGUGUAAAGGAGGUCGAGGGUAUCCCUGGUUUCUUCAAAGGUUUAUGCCCUACUUUAUUAAGCGAAGUCGUUGUCGGAUUUGUUGCCCUCAUUCCAGUACCUGCCAUCCUUGCUGGUGGCUUUUUUGGUACUUUAGCUGCCAUCGUUGGCUUUAUUUUAGUAGGAUGCAUCGCUUUACCAUUCGACAUCGUCAUCAAAAGAGCUAUCGUUACUCCUUACAAUCUUUCCAUUUCAACUCCUCGCCAGAAUAUCAGAAAAUUAGUUACACCUACUGAAAUGGCAAACCCUCUAACAAUGAUUAACUCUACUUUAGUACAAGUUCUGGCUUUGAGAUUGGUUAUUAAUGCCGUUACUAUCAAUAUAUUUAGGCCAGUCGUCUCAAUUAUACCUUACAUCGGUCCAAUUAUCUGGCAAAUUUUCACCAUCGCUCUCGUGAUCUUACUUUGCCCUCUUGAUGUCCUUCAAACAAGACUGAUGGUACAACCAUUAGGACAACAGGAUUGGGACGAGGAGACCAAUCACAACAAAUAUGAAGACGCUGUCGUCAAUAUCCGUCAACAACCUUACCAUGGCGUUGGCGACGCUUUGCGAGCUAUAAAAGAUGAAGAAGGUACUACUGCUUUGGCUCGUGGUUGGUGGUUCACCCUCAUUGGACAACUCUCAAUUGCAUUUUCCCUUUAA